AUGGCGGCAAUUUUUACACAGAAAAACAAGCUGCUCCCUGACCCGCUGGACACUAGACGCUGGCAGGGCUUCCAGCUGGAGGAGUAUCUGAUAGGACAGUCCAUUGGCAAGGGCUGCAGUGCUGCUGUGUAUGAAGCCACCAUGCCUGUGUUGCCCCGGAAACUGGAGGUGUCAGAGAGCACCAGGCUUCUUCCAGAGAGAGGCCCAGAUAUCAUCCCACGAGGAGAAGAGGAGCGAGCCCCACAGUCCCCUGCCUUUCCCUUGGCCAUCAAGAUGAUGUGGAACAUCUCGGCGGGCUCCUCCAGCGAAGCCAUCUUUAGCAAAAUGAGCCAGGAGCUAGUCCCAGCUAGUCGAGUGGCCUUGGCCGGGGAAUAUGGAGCAGUCACUUACAGAAAAUCCAAGGGAGGGCCCAAGCAACUGGCCCCUCACCCCAACAUCAUCCGGGUCUUCCGCGCCUUCACCUCGUCUGUCCCAUUGCUGCCAGGGGCCCUGGUCGACUACCCUGAUGUGCUGCCCCCACGUCUUCAUCCCGAGGGCCUGGGCCACGGGCGGACACUUUUCCUCGUUAUGAAGAACUACCCCUGCACCCUGCGCCAGUACCUUCGUGAGAACACCCCAAGCCCCCGCCUGGCCUCCGUGAUGCUCUUGCAGCUCUUGGAAGGUGUGGAUCAUCUGGUUCAACAGGGCGUUGCACACAGAGACUUAAAAUCUGACAACAUCCUCGUGGAGUUGGAUGCAGAUGGCUGCCCCUGGUUGGUGAUCGCGGAUUUUGGUUGCUGCCUGGCUGAUGAGCAAGUUGGGCUGCAGCUGCCCUUCACCAGCUGGUAUGUGGAUCGGGGCGGAAACGGCUGCCUGAUGGCUCCUGAGGUGUCUUCAGCCUGCCCUGGCCCCAGGGCAGUGAUCGACUACAGCAAGGCUGAUGCCUGGGCAGUGGGAGCGCUCGCCUACGAAAUCUUCGGGUUCUCCAACCCCUUUUAUGGCCAUGACGGGGCCCAUCUUGAAAGCCGCAACUACCGAGAGGCUCAGCUGCCUGCACUGCCCGAGUCAGUGCCUCUAGAUGUGAGGCAGCUGGUGAGGUCACUGCUCCAGCGAGAGGCCAGCAAGAGACCAUCUGCCCGAGUAGCGGCCAAUGUGCUUCAUUUAAGCCUUUGGGGUGAACAUACUCUGGCCCUGAAGAAUCUGAAACUAGACAAGAUGAUUGGUUGGCUCCUCCAACAAUCGGCAGCCACUCUGUUGGCCGACAGGCUUACAGAGAAGAGCUGUGUGGAAACCAAAAUGAAGAUGUUAUUUUUGGCCAACCUGGAGUACGAGGCACUGUGUCAGGCAGCCCUCCUCCUCUACUCCUGGAGGGCAGCCCCGUGAUGGCUCUGAUGUAGCUGGUGCAUUACUAAAAGAACGUGGCAGCAUCUGUGUCGUGAUGGUCUGUGAAUGCUGAGAGGGGGCUCCCAGGUGUGAGUGAGAGUCAGGAGUAAAGAUGGCGCAGAGAGGCCUGGUCAACAGAAGAGAAAGCCUCUGGUUUGGCAAAUGAGAGGAACAAGCUGAGUGACGUUUACGGUCUGUAGCUACUAACUCUAGCUGUGUGGUUUUGGAUGCAUCAUAUAACCUGUAUGGUCUAAAGUUCUCUUACCUAUAAAACGAAGAAAGUGGUCUGGA